CGACGCGAGCGGUUCUACGUAGCGGAUAAGCGACUAUCGACGACGUUUAUGUAGUAGAGGAAAACAACAAAAAGUGUAUGAAAUAAAGUGAGUGUAACUUACGAGUAUUCGGUAAAAAUAUACCGUCAAACAUUUAAGCAAUAAGAAACAGAAAGUGAAAUCUGCAAGAUAGCAUCGCAAAAUCACUAGAUCAGCAAAAACAAAAAAUCGUAAAUCUGAUUAAAAUAAAAGCGUCUAAUAACGUAAGCAAUAAUACAGCGAAAAGGCAGUGCUAAGCGACAAAAAAAAAUAAAAAAUAUUCGUGCAACACAAACAAAAAAAAACAAACUAUAAUAAAGAGACUAAACAAGAAACAAUAAUGUCACCAUUUACAAGCGAUUCCAACAUCAACAAAAGCAUCAACACAAUGCUGAUCCAUGCAGCCAUUGACGAUGAGGCCGCCGCCGCUGCGGCACACGCCGACCCACCAAUGGCACGCGGCAAUGCCAAUAACAAUGCCACCAACAACGACAGCGACUACGCCAACCAAAGCGGAUGUGACAGUAGUAUGUCGCUGAUGAGUCGUCGAUGUCGUCGUGGCUGCGAGUGGUUGCGAGUUGGCGAUUUGAUGAGCUACCAGAAUAUGCUCGUCAUGUUGGCGGUGUUGGUUUGUGGCCUUGCCACCGUUAACGGGCUCAAGUGUCACAUGUGCGGCCAGUAUAAUGAGGGCGUCGGUUCCAUUACGCCCUGCCUCAACUAUUCGGAUCAAUAUGCGCAUCUCUAUUUGAAGGAAUGCUCGAAGAAAAGCGAGAAAUACUGUGUG